GCGGUCGGCGUGCGCGCGCGCUUUAACUUUUCGCACCGUUGUUUCCGUUGCUCUAGCGCGCGCGCGCGCUCGUUCACGUUCACCGACGAUUCGCUCCGUCACCGUCUCUCUCACACACUCUGUCGCACGUCGAGUGUGCGCACGCACACGCUGCCGACCGACUUGAUAAAACAUUAUAACACAUAAAUCGAUGGCACGCGAUAAAACGCGCAAAAGUCUUCCGCUUUUGACCCGAUCGCCGCAACCGUAGCGAUCGCUGGGUCGCACAGUCACCGCCGUUACGUGGCCGGCAAUUCCACCGUCGUCGUCAUUGGACGUCACGAUAGUUUGUUKUUGUUGUUGUUAUUAUUAUAWUAUACUAAACGACUGUUGGCACCGUCGCUGUGGCAGACGUCAUGACGGCGACGGCAACUCGAUGACCACGUCGCGACUCGUCGGUGGAUGACACCGGCUGAGGCAGGCACGCCGUUUGAUACCAGACAGCCGGACAUUGAAAAAGCAACGCGUUCUUGUUUGUCCGACUCCGUCGUCGUUAUUACCGUCCUUGUCAUCGCCGCUGUUCGUUCUGUGCGUGUGGCGUGUGUUUCAGCCGACAGGUGUUGUGCUCGUCGUCGCUCUACCGCGGGCCCACAGUUCUGCGCAUAUAGCUGGUGGUGUGUACACACGGUUCGCCGCGCGACAUGACUGCAAAGGAUGCCGUCGUCAAGUCCGCCGACGAAUCCGAAGACAAUCCGCUUGAGAACAUGUUGUUGUUCUUCAACCUGAGCAUACGCAAACUGGCGUUCGUCGGCGUGUCGUUGCCGCUCAUCACACUGCUGACGUGCCUGGCAACCGCGUACGUCUUCCAGUACGACGACGUGCACGAAACGCAUUGUCGAGUAUAUAAUGUGAUACCGUCGAUUAGUGCCAUCACUGGUGUGACACCCCAGACUUACAUGUGGCGGAUAGCUGUCGCUUUUCAUGUUGGACCGCGUAUGGUAAUCGCCCAGGUGUACUACAACUAUUUCAUCAAUCAGGUGUCUAAAGCCGCUGACAAGUCAACCUGUUACAUACUCAUCAACCUCUGCUACUGGCUCAAUCUUAUUGAAAUAGCUGCCAUCUGUGGUGUAACCUACAUAUCUAACAGAGAAAACUAUCCCGUGCACGAGAAGAUCUUCAUUUUGUUCAUGCUCAGCUCGUUAUUGUACAUGAUCGUCAUGAUUAAGACAUUCAACAAAGUGCACAAAACGAUGACAGAUCGUCAGCGUCUGUCGUAUACCAUCAAGAAAAUACUUUUCACUGUUUGUAUCACUUCGACGUUCACAUUGAUAAUUUACUUUAUCAAACAUCGGUUCUACUGCCACGACUUAGCAUUCACCUGGUUUGCACUCAGCGAGUACGUCCUGGCAGUAUCAAAUAUGGCUUUCCACUUUACUAUUACACUGGACUUCCCUCAUGAACAGUUGAUAGUUGCUAAAAACUUUCCAACAUUAAAAAUGGACUGAAGUGUUCUCUAUACUGAAUUGAAGACUUAUGACUCAAACAUCUUACUUCCAUACACUUUCUAACUAAUUUACUUUUAAGUAUAAUAUAUUAUUAAGUACACAUAAAUAUAUAUAUACACACACAAACACAUUUGACAGCUCUUAGGUAAAUGCUCAUGCAAUAUGUGUUUAGUUUGGAAACUAUAUUGUUUUAUAUUUUUGUUGAAUUUUAUUUUAAACAGUUUUCAAAUUGAAUUUUAACUUCAUAUAUGAUUGAAAUUUUACUUUAUUUAAUGUUAAGUUCAAAAUAUAUAUUUAUUUUGCAUACACAUAUAACUAUGUAUGCGUGUAUGAUUUAGUUUCCAAUACAAACACGCACAAUUACUAAAGUUUCGAAUAGUUGUGUGAUUUUGCUGCCAAGGAUAAUAUGUGUGUUUAAAUUUGUUUACAGUAUAAUCUAUAAUUUUAUAACAAACAAAUUUAGGUCACAUAUCAUUAUUUGGUAAGGUUUUUACCUUAACCAACUGAGCAAUUAGUUAUUAUACUUGUAAUAUAAUAUGUGUUACUACAAUACAUUAUCUGGGUGCAAAAAAAAAAAAAA